AUCACCGAAAACACAGGCCCAAACAGAAAGAGAUCAUAAAUCCAGCCCGCACGAUAAGGGAAAGGCCCUUAUAAGAUUCCAAAGUUUCCAACACUCGGACCAACCCUCACUCGGAGCAUCCUGAAGAGGCAAAAGGGGAAAGGAGCAAGACCACAAACGCUACCGGAAAUCUCACUCCGGCUACGGUUCCGGUGAACGCUGGAGCGACCGAAUUUGUAAGUUUCGAUACUUUAAACAGUUUAGCAGCAGUUUUGUACAAUCUGGGGUUUCUUUCAGUCAAUUUGGGCGAGAGAGAGAGAGAGAGUAAUUACAAUGGGGGACGUCGAUGUCGUGCUUAAGCGAGCUCAUACCAACUUCGGCGACUACGAGGAAGAUGUGAUUGUGGAGAUCCUCGCAAGGCUACCGGUCAAAUCCUUGAUUCGAUUCCGGUGCGUCUGCAAGUCAUGGCGUGCUUUGAUCUCCGAUUCCUAUUUUAUAAAGAAACACCUCAGCUACGGAGAGAGAGGCAUCACCAAAAGCACUUACAGGCUCAUCAUUUUCAUGCUGGAUCCUCCCUCGCCGUUGGAAAUCCUAGCCUUGAGAAAUAUGAAGGAUGAUGAUGAUGGCGAUGGCGCUGCGGGUGGUCAGUUUGCAGUCAUUCAGCUGGAUUGUCCGGUAACAAAAACUAUCACUUAUUCCCGUCAUAGAAUUCUUGUUGGUUCUUGCAAUGGCUUGGUAUGUGUAGAACUUGACUCGGAGGUCAUUAUGUUAUGGAACCCUUGUACUAGAGACUCCAAGGUUUUACCAAAACCUCCUCGAGUUAUAAACUCUGAGUUUAUCUACUGCUUUCAUGGACUCGGGCAUGAUUCUGCUAGUGAUGACUACAAGGUGAUACGGGGGUUCACUGAUUAUCUUGCUAAGAAAAUCAUGAUUCACAUCUUUUCACUGAAAACAGGUUCAUGGAGGACUGUCGAAGACAUUGAUUAUGUUAGAUCAAUAAGGGGGCAGGGGUUGUUCUUAAAUGGAGCUCUGCAUUGGUUAUAUAGUCUACCUGAAGGGGGCUCAAGAAUUUUGUCUUUUGAUUUAGGGGCGGAGAAAUUUCAGAAGACGAUUCCAUUACCCUAUGAUGACUGGUUUCGUGAUCCCUUGAUUCAUAAAAAUUGUCUCUGUGUACUUACUUGCCCAACUGGGACCAACAAUUUCAACAUAUGGAUGAUGAAAGAAUAUGGGGUCAAGGAAUCCUGGACUGAAGUCUUACAAUUUUCUUUGUUUGACGAGAAGAUUUAUGCAGAGUAUUUUGAUGAUAAUACAAAAUAUUUCAGGCCUGUGUGCAUGUUAGAGAAUGGUGUAGUUUUGAUUGACGAGAAGAUUUAUGCAGAGUAUUUUGAUGAUAAUACAAAAUAUUUCAGGCCUGUGUGCAUGUUAGAGAAUGGUGUAGUUUUGAUUGACGAGAUGGGUAUGUGUGAAGACAUAUUGGUAUUAUCUAAUCUAAAGGAGAAGACAUUCAAGGAUGUUGUUGAGGUCGUGACGAGCUUGGACAUUAGAACGGUUACUUACCGAGAGACAUUAGUUUCACCAGACGUCCACACAUACAAAACCAACAAUAUUUGUAGGUGAGCUAGUAGCUCGUUGCUAUAGUUCUCAAGGAAAUAGGGAGGCAAAAGUGCUUUUGUAAAAGCAACCUGGUUGUAAUUCAAGGUGGACCUCAUUUUGAAGGGAAAGGGGGGGGGGGGGGGGGGGAGGUAUGUGUAAUGUUUCUACUUCACUUGGAAACAAGUUGGGAGAUCCAAAAAGUCAUUUGCUUGUGUAGAAAGUGGAUGCAGUGUUGUAUGUAGAUAGGAAAUAGGGAGGCAAAAGUGCUUUUGUAGAAGCAACCUGGUUGUAAUUAAAGGUGGGCCUCAUUUUGAGGGGGGGGGAGAGGUAUGUGUAAUGUUUCUACUUCACUUGGAGAUCCAAAAAAGUAAUUUGCUUAUGUAGAAAGUGGAUGGUGUUGUUUGUAGAUAUUGUACUACGAAUGAAAUAUCUCGUCUAUGUAAACUUAUUAAGGUUAUUUCUUAUAACUAUCAUAUGUCAAAAUCAUAGCUCUUGU